AUGUCUGUCUUCAACAACCACCUUGCGGGCGCAACUGAGCGCUCCUUCUCGUCAUCGCUAUCACCAGACCGAAUCAUCGCAAGCUCAGAGGACGAUAACACAGCAGCCCUCGACCCCGAAAUCUACAAGAGUCUGACCGACAAGAGAACAACGCGUGAUGGAAAUCCACCCAAGAAGAGAGGUCCCAAACCCAAUAGCAAACCUGCUUUGACUCGUCGUCAAGAAUUGAAUCGUCAGGCCCAGCGAACACACCGAGAGAGAAAAGAGCUCUACAUCAAGGCCCUAGAAGAUGAAGUCCUCCGCCUCAAGGAGGUUUUCAGUAAUGUUUCUCUGGACAGGGAGAGACUGGCUGAUGAGAACAAACGCUUGCGGGACACCUUGGUACAAGCUGGGCUUCAACACAGCAGCCCACAUGUGGCGGGGAGUGCCACCAGUCGAGGCUUCGACUCUAACAACACGGGAUCCUCUCCUCUAACCUCACAAUCCACCGCUCCGUCGGUUGGCUCACCAAUGCACCUUCCUCCUGCCGCAAACCAAGGCUUCAUGCCCAGCCAACAACAACAUGGCAUGUCUCAGCCUCUUUACCGUGGAAAUCCCGAGUUGGAACAGGCAGGCAUUGAUUUCGUUUUAACUCUUGAGCGGCCCUGCAUGACACAUAUUCAGUUUAUGGUCGAGAGAGCCUCUGAACCUGAGGGCGAGCCUUGUGGGCACGCGCUCAUGGCAUCCUGCCCGCCUGAUCCAUCCCCUGAAUCGCGACCAGGCUUACCCUUUGGUAAAGCACACAUUCCCGUGGAUGGCGAACCCAGCCAGAAAACAUGGGAAGUCCCCAAGGCAGAUUUAGCCACCCUCUUAGACCUCAGUAAGAGCAUCGACCUUGACGGAGAGGUAACUCCCAUCAUGUCAUGGGGUAUUCUCAUGUCGCACCCAAGAGCGAAUGAGCUUGAGGCGGCAGACUUUCGAAAGUUGAGCGAAGACCUCGUUCGCAAAGUGAGAUGCUACGGCUUCGGUGCUGUAAUGGAGGAGUUUGAGGUGCGCGACGCAAUUGACAAUGUAUUCAGUGGCAAAGAUGGCAUGAUGUAUGAGUGA